UUUGAUUGGCCACAGGAAACGUAUUUUGGCAUCUCUGGGAGACAGGCUGCACGACGAUCCACCACAGAAGCCCCCUCGGUCCAUCACCCUCAGGGAACCCAGUGGUAAUCACACUCCUCCUCAGUUGUCUCCAUCACUUAGCCAAAGCACUUACACCACUGGUGGCUCCCUAGACGUUCCUCACAUUAUCAUGCAGGGCGAUGCAAGGAGGAGAAGAAAUGAAAACUACUUUGAUGAUAUUCCCCGAUCAAAACUGGAGAGGCAGAUGGCCCAGUCGUCUGUCUGUGAGAUAUGGACGAAUCAGAACGCUGGAUUUCCUUUCUCAGCCAUCCAUCAGGUUCAUAAUACAGGAGACUGGGGAGAACCUUCCAUUACUUUGCGACCUCCAAAUGAAGCCACAGCCUCAACUCCAGUACAGUACUGGCAGCACCACCCAGAAAAGCUCAUCUUCCAGUCUUGUGAUUACAAAGCUUUUUAUUUAGGUUCUAUGCUGAUAAAAGAGCUCAGGGGGACAGAAUCAACCCAAGAUGCUUGUGCAAAAAUGCGGGCUAACUGUCAGAAGUCUACAGAGCAAAUGAAGAAGGUCCCUACUAUUAUCCUUUCCGUGUCUUAUAAAGGAGUCAAAUUUAUUGAUGCAACAAAUAAGAACAUAAUUGCUGAGCAUGAAAUUCGUAAUAUCUCCUGUGCUGCCCAGGACCCAGAAGACCUCUCAACAUUUGCUUAUAUUACAAAAGAUCUGAAGUCCAAUCACCACUACUGUCACGUGUUUACUGCCUUCGAUGUGAAUUUAGCCUAUGAAAUCAUCCUAACGCUGGGACAAGCAUUUGAAGUCGCUUACCAGCUCGCACUACAAGCAAGAAAAGGGGGGCAUUCCUCCACCCUUCCAGAAAGCUUUGAAAACAAACCCUCCAAACCCAUCCCCAAGCCCCGCGUUAGCAUUCGCAAGUCAGUGCAGAUCGACCCAUCUGAGCAAAAGACUCUGGCCAAUCUGCCGUGGAUCGUGGAGCCGGGACAGGAAGCCAAGAGGGGAAUUAAUACCAAGUAUGAAACCACGAUUUUCUGAUACCCACCGUCCUCCCGUCCUGCGGUGCCUUGCACGCCAAGCAGUCCUGGAGCAGGCUUUCCUUCGCGCCUCCAUUUCCACUCAGCCCAAGAGGAAGACUGCUCUCUUUGUGUGGCCUUGUCAUGGGUGAAAGGCCGCUGGCCAUUCCUGGGGACAUUGUUUCUGCACCAGUGACAGCAAGUGCAACCAAGACUUUCCAGCUGUAACCCCUAAGAGGCACGAGUUGAGAUUUUUCGCUGACCCUCCUGACUCCCCUCCCUGCCACCUCCCAAGGUAUUUCUAAUGAUUCU